UGCACGAAAAUAGUUUUUAAAAAAAAUCAAAUGAGGUAUCGAUCCCAUGUUUCAACCUUAUAAUAACAAUCUAUAUCAUAGAUUACAAUACUUAUAGUUGCUUCGAAAUGCACGUAAAUUAUGGAAUUUAAUAUAACGAGUUGGAUAAUAGCACCUAUAUGGUUGUCUUAUCCUUACUUCGGCUUUCUUCCAUUCUACAAACACCUUGAAAACAGAGGAAGGAGAUGCAAAAAUAUCCAAAUACAAAACAGAGAAUUUAAUCAUGAACGUGAAGGAUGGUGGCACCAUAAGAAAAGCUCUCUUAAUAAUAAACUGCAUCAUCCUUUCUAUAGGCAACUGCGGUGCUCCACUUAUCGCCCGUCUCUACUUCAUCCAUGGUGGGAACCGGAUCUGGUUCUCGAGCUGGCUCCAGACCGCGGGUUGCCCCAUCAUCUUGCUCCCCAUCGCUUGUGCUUACGUGCAUCGUUCCAGGACGGCCAAUCCCACCUCGGAAAACAAGCUUAUCUGUAUGGAACGACCGUUGUUCGUUGCCGCUAUCGUCCUCGGGAUCCUCAGUGGCCUCGAUAACUACCUCUACUCCUAUGGCUUAUCUCGUCUCCCCGUUUCGACUUCUUCUUUGAUCAUCGCGUCGCAGUUGGCUUUCACGGCGGGGUUUGCUUUCCUGUUGGUGAAACAAAAGUUCACUGCCUACUCCAUAAACGCCGUGUUUUUGUUGACCAUAGGGGCUGGCGUUCUGGCUUUGCAUUCGAGCAGCGACCGGCCUGCGAAUGAAUCCAACAAGGAAUAUAUUUUGGGGUUCGUAAUGACCUUAGCUGCAGCGGCUUUAUACGGAUUUAUAUUGCCAUUGGUGGAACUAACGUACAAGAAGGCAAAGCAAGAGAUCAGCUACGCCCUUGUGAUGGAGAUUCAGUUGGUGAUGUGUUUGGUUGCUACUGCCUUUUGCACCGUCGGGAUGCUGGUCAACAAUGAUUUCAAGGUGAUUGGAAGGGAAGCAAGGGAAUUCGAGCUAGGAGAAACAAAAUACUACAUAGUUGCGAUUUUUAGUGCAAUAAUAUGGCAAUGUUUCUUCUUGGGAGCAAUUGGAGUAGUGUUUUGUGCGUCAUCAUUGCUAUCGGCUGUAGUGAUUGCGGUUCUAUUACCAGUUACAGAGAUUCUGGCAGUAUUUUUCUUCAAUGAGAAGUUUCAAGCGGAGAAGGGUGUGUCUCUUGCUCUGUCGCUAUGGGGCUUCCUUUCCUACUUCUACGGUGACAUCAAGCGAAAGAAACCAACUCCUGAAACUGAGAUGACCUCGUCUCUGCCUCCCAAUAGUACUCUCGAAAGUAGAGUUUAAUGUUGGAUUAAAAUCCUGGGCAUAUGUAUAAUGCAUAAUAUUAUUAUAAAGUGUGAUGCAAAAUUAAGUGACCAAUUAUAUCUAAGUGUUAUGGAAAUAAUGUAUUGAUACCGAUAUUUAUAAUUA